AUGAUCGACCAACUCAUACCUGGGCUUGAAACGUCUGCGCAGACUCAUAAAAUCAGUUUGAGCCUACAUGACUUUCAUGUCAUCACGCCACCAGGCAAUAACCUCUACGAGCUCUUCCUUGAGAAUAGGCUCCAGGAGUCUCUUUACAUCGAAGAUUUGGAAUUCUUCACUGAAAGCGAUAAUUUUGCCGCCCAACAAGUCACUGCUCGAGAAGUAGAUCAAGAUGUGACGCUAUCAAAAACGUCUCCCCAGAUUUCGAGAUGGCUUAGGGAAUGCGUUCAACAUCCAUGCUGUCCUCAGCAAAUCGAUUUCCCUCUCCCCACACGUCUCAUCGAUGUAGAGACAGAAAAGAUCUGCCAUACGAACGGAGCCUUCGGCAAAUUUGUAGCAUUGUCAUAUUGUUGGGGCUCUGGAUCGCAAUCACAGUUGCGAUCGGACACUAUUCAGACACUGAUGCAGUAUUUGGAUUUCAACAACCUACCUCAAACUAUCAAGGAUGCUGUCCUCGUAACACGUUCACUCUCUAUUCGCUAUCUCUGGGUAGACGCACUAUGCAUAAUCCAAGAUGAUCCGCAAGACAAAGCCCGCGAGAUCGGGUCCAUGGCUCAGAUAUAUAGCAAUGCUUAUAUCACGAUCCUGGCUUCUAAUGCAAGAGACGCAGCCGACGGAUUUCUUGCACAUCGUUACGAGAUCGAGGGACCUAAUGCACGAAUACCGUUCCGAAUAGCGCCGAACCGAUUCGGGAGCGUUACCGCUCGGAAACACUUUUCACGCUCGUCAUCCAUCAAGGCAUACAAUCCACUGAGCACACGAGCAUGGGCAUUACAAGAACAGAUGAUGGCUAGUCGGAUACUGGCCUACACUAAGCAUACUUUAGAGUGGCGAUGUGCAUCAGGCACGAUGAAUUUGAACAACUCAUUGAACGCAGAUUUAGAUUACGACCCAGUGCCAAAGUUGAUCUCUCAGCUUAGCACAGACCCGGAGGAAGCUCUUUCGGAGUGGGUGAGAAUUGUGAAUGAUUAUUCACGUCGAAACAUGUCCCUACAAAGCGACAAGUUGCCCGCUAUCGCUGCCUUGGCGGAAAGGUUUGCUGCAGUCCUAGGGCAUUACUAUGCGGGUCUCUGGCGAUACGAUCUCAUUAGGCAAUUGUGUUGGUGGACAGCAUCUUUACAGUCAGAAGCUCGUGGCGAUCUGUAUAGAGCACCAUCGUGGUCCUGGGCUUCUGCUAACGAGAUUUCCUGGCCCCUAACCAACCGCGGAUACGAGGACUGUUGCAACGUGAUAUCGGUGGAAGUAGUCCGCAAAAACGCGCAAGUCCCGUACGGAGAAGUGAUCCACGCAUCAAUCAAGAUCUAUGGGAAGAUAAUCAUCGCCAGCAUGGCAACAACAAAUGGGGAGGGUGGCGGGAAGUGUAUGCUUAAUCAUGCCAAAACCGGGGUUAUGGAACCGCCAUUGCAAAGGUUUUACAGGACCUAUUUUCAACAAGGCACCAAUGACACAGCUCCUAGCCAGACUCUGGUAGUUGAAGUUAUCUUUUUCUGGGAUUAUGACGAAGAAUUUCGCAGUGAUCCUUUAUUCGUUUGUAAGUUCUAA